UGAGUGAGGAGGACCCCGGGCGGGCCCGCGGGCCGUCUGGGGCCUGGUCCGGCCCCGCCAGGCGUGUGAGGACAGGGGCCCGGCCCGGCCCGAGGGCGAGCGGAGGGGAGGGGCCUGGUCCGGCCCGGCCGGUGCGCGAGGACUGGGGCCGCGGCCCCGCACGGCCGCCGCCGCGAUGGCCCAGCAGCAGAUGACCAGCUCGCAAAAAGCCCUGAUGCUUGAGCUGAAAUCCCUGCAGGAGGAACCGGUGGAGGGCUUCCGGAUCACCCUGGUGGAUGAGUCCGACCUCUACAACUGGGAGGUGGCCAUCUUCGGACCCCCUAACACCCUCUACGAAGGCGGCUACUUCAAGGCACAUAUUAAAUUUCCUAUUGACUACCCAUAUUCACCACCUACCUUCAGAUUCUUGACCAAAAUGUGGCACCCCAACAUCUAUGAGAAUGGAGAUGUAUGCAUUUCAAUCCUUCAUCCGCCUGUAGAUGACCCACAGAGUGGAGAGCUGCCCUCUGAAAGGUGGAAUCCUACUCAGAAUGUGAGGACUAUCCUGCUGAGUGUAAUCUCCCUGCUUAAUGAGCCCAACACCUUUUCUCCAGCCAAUGUGGAUGCUUCAGUCAUGUUCAGGAAAUGGAGGGACAGCAAAGGAAAGGACAAGGAGUACGCUGAGAUCAUUAGGAAACAGGUCUCAGCCACGAAAGCUGAAGCAGAAAAGGAUGGAGUGAAGGUCCCCACAACCCUGGCAGAAUACUGCAUCAAAACUAAAGUGCCUUCCAAUGACAACAGCUCAGAUUUGCUUUAUGACGACCUGUAUGACGACGACAUUGAUGACGAAGACGAGGAGGAAGAAGAUGCCGACUGUUAUGAUGAUGAUGACUCUGGAAAUGAGGAGUCGUGACAUGUUCCUUCAGUUCCCUGUACUGCCCUGACGUCUCAGGCCAAAGGGAGGGGAGCAAGUGGGGAUCUACAGUGGCCACUCAGCAAAAACUUACUCAUGGGGUGGGAAGCAAACAGCCCCUGCUGACUCACUCCCCUUGCAGCUCUCAGUUUGCUCCUUUUUAUGGACCUUACUGGAGAGGAAGUUCCCUCCACAGAAUGUCUGAAUCCUUGCAUUCUUCCCUCCAUCACUGUAUUGAUUCUUUUUUAAAAACAGCCACCACCCCUCAAACUCCCCCUCACCCCAUCUCUGCAGAGUGUUCACAGCAAAACACCUUUGUCUGUUUCUAGAUUCUUGAAGAAUUAGUCUGUUUAAGACAUUGUGUUUAAAGCUGGGAGCCCACUGGGAGUCCACAAGUGCUGCAUAUAUUGGGUAGCAAAAGAAAAUGGGAAAAAAAAAAAA